GUGACUCUCUAGCAUCGGUUUGCCGGGCUUCGAGCGUGGUUUUUCCAGCCAAAAAGGCACCGUCCUCGGUUUUACGGUGCAAAUAACAGGCCCCACAAAGUUCUGCUUCCGUAGAAACGCGGGUGCCGGAAAUUUGCUGCAUCUCCCUCCCGCGGGCCACCGGGGAGUCGUAGAAGAGCGAGCGAGAGCAACCGCGCCUGUGGUGGUGUGCGUUAGGAUAGGCGAUAGGUGUGUGUGCGUGAGUAGUGGUGAGUUUGGAAAAGCCAUCGUAGCAGUCAGCGCCGCCAGAGAGUAGGCAGAGUGAAGCGCAAGUAGCAGAGCAAGAAAGUAGUGUGUGGUUGAUCGUCGUCAGAGCCGUGUCCGUCACCAGCCAGUGGAACCGCGAUUCGAGAAGCAAAAGGAGAGUUUUAUUAAUACUAUAAAAACCGAAACCGAAACCUCUUUUUGAAGUUCUUCAAAAUGUCGGAACGCGAAAACAACAUCUACAAGGCGAAGCUGGCCGAACAGGCUGAGCGAUACGACGAAAUGGUGGAAGCGAUGAAGAAGGUUGCUUCGAUGGAUGUGGAGCUGACGGUGGAGGAGAGAAAUUUGCUGUCGGUAGCCUACAAAAACGUUAUCGGAGCACGCCGUGCAUCAUGGCGGAUAAUUUCAUCGAUUGAGCAGAAGGAGGAGAACAAGGGGGUGGAGGAGAAGCUGGAGAUGAUUAAGAACUAUCGUUCGCAAGUGGAGAAGGAGCUGCGCGACAUCUGCUCGGACAUUCUCGAGGUGCUCGACAAGCACCUGAUUCCGUGCGCCACCACCGGCGAGAGCAAGGUGUUCUACUAUAAGAUGAAGGGCGACUACCAUCGCUACCUGGCCGAGUUUGCCACCGGUGGGGACCGAAAGGAUGCGGCCGAAAAUUCACUUGUUGCGUACAAGGCCGCCAGCGACAUCGCUAUGACCAACCUUCCACCAACGCACCCGAUCCGGUUGGGAUUGGCUUUGAACUUUUCAGUAUUUUAUUACGAAAUCCUGAACUCUCCGGAUCGUGCCUGCCGUCUAGCGAAAGCUGCGUUCGACGAUGCAAUUGCCGAACUGGAUACUCUCAGCGAAGAAAGUUACAAAGAUUCGACUCUUAUCAUGCAGUUGCUGCGAGAUAACCUUACCCUAUGGACAUCCGACAUGCAGGGUGACGGUGAAGGAGAACAGAAAGAACAGAUCCAGGAUGUUGAAGACCAGGACGUGUCGUAAUUUGCACGCGACUCGUUUUAUGUGUGAGUUUAUUUUAUUAAUUAAAGGAGAAGAUAAGAGAUAAGCAUUACGAAAUAAGAAAAUAAACAUAAGAAAUACACACAGAAAAACACACGGACAUAGCAGAGCAGAGCAAAAAGGCAGAAAAGAGAACAGAAAAGAAGAAAACACGGGAUGCAGAAUAAUAAUGGAACGAACGAAAACACACAAAAAUCAUGGAAAAAUGAUCAAACUCAGCAAAAAAGCAACAAGUUUCGCAGCAGCAGCAGCCGUUUAAUAGCAGCAAUUCCCGGAAAAGAACGCCCAGGGCACAGAAAUACUAAUUGAAUUGGUGUAUCGUCGUGGUGGUCUCUUGGUAGCAGCAAGCAAAGUUGUGUUGAAAAAUGUGUAUGGAGGAAGAAGAUAGUAAGAGCGAGAGCGAGAGAGCUAUGGGAAGUUAUCAUUUAUUCAUUCAACCUACAAUACACACGUGUGAAAAGCGAUUUAUCUCUUAAAAUACAGCAAUGAUGAUGUAAAGCAAGCAGCAAAAG